UACGUGACAUGAAAACGCGGUUUGGUGUCUCUGACCAUACAGGCGACAGGCAUUGCACUCUGGCACUCGCCCAUCUCAUCAGCCAAUCGCGUAUCAUUACAAGUGUACCCGGACACGCACACCUUUGAAAGUGCAUCCAGUCGAGUCGCGAUUGUCGUUUUGCAGCCUCGAUCGCUUCAGUUGCAGUUUGCCGGCUUUGUUUUGCCAAACUUUCACGAUUCUCUCUUUCAAACCGAGGUUUUCGUCAAAAGUGUCGUACUUGUAAUUUAUAAGAGAAGAAAAGCGCAAAAUCUUUUUCUCCGCGCUGUAUAUAGAUAAUACUCCCCUACAGAUGUGCUAAAAUAAGGCAAACUAAAAGGAUCAACAGGUUUUUCAGGUAGCUGUGCAACUAUCAGGGAAAUAAACCGUAAUGUCUCGUGGAAUUUUAAGGCUUCAACAGUACAAACGGCUCUGUGAUAUAAACGCAUUUUCCUUCAGAUGUAGUUUAGGCAACUUGCUAUGUUCUGUAAAAUGUUCGAAGCCCCAAAACAGAACAUUCCUGACCACAACAUAUUUGGGGAAAGAAGCUGUUAGGGAAGCAGCAAAAGACAAUCCUCAGGUAAAGCCGCCCGAGCCGCCACCUAAAGGAAUUCCGUAUAGUAAGCUGACUGUUGGGGUGCCAAAAGAGAGCUGGCAAAAUGAGAAAAGGGUCGCCUUAGUACCACCAGCUGUUGAAGUACUGGUCAAAAAAGGAUUUACGGUUCACAUUGAAGAAGAUGCUGGGAUCGAAGCAAAAAUCAGGAAUGCGGAUUUUGAAAAAUCGGGAGCAAAAAUUGUGAAUACUGAGUCGGCAUUUAAUUCAGAUAUUGUGCUCAAAGUAAGAAAGCCGUCGAUGGAGGAAGUAGAAAAAUUCAGAAAUAAUUCAACGCUUAUUUCGUUCAUAUACCCGGCUGAAAAUAGGGAUCUGGUAGAAAAAUUAGCUCAGAAGAAACUUAAUGUAUUUGGGAUGGAUUGCAUACCUAGGAUAACCAGGGCACAAGUCUUUGAUGCAUUGAGUUCUAUGGCAAAUAUUUCAGGGUACAGGGCAGUGGUAGAGGCUGCUAAUCAUUUUCCACGCUUUUUCGCGGGUCAGAUCACGGCAGCUGGUAAAGUUCCCCCAGCGAAGGUUUUAGUUAUCGGAGGAGGGGUAGCUGGACUCGCGGCCAUUGGACAGGCCAAAGCGAUGGGUGCAAUAGUGAGGGCUUUCGAUACCAGAUCUGCGGUUAAAGAACAAGUGGAAUCGCUUGGCGCUGAAUUCCUCACUAUAGAUAUUAAGGAAGAAGGAGGGACUGAUGCUGGGUACAGUAAAGAAAUGUCAAAGGAGUUCAUCGAUGCGGAAAUGGGUUUGUUCGCAAAACAGUGUAAAGAUGUAGACGUUGUUAUUUCUACAGCACUUAUACCUGGAACAAGGGCCCCGCUUUUGAUUAAAAAGGAACACAUUGAAUCCAUGAAACCAGGAAGUGUUGUAGUAGAUCUAGCCGCUGAAUCAGGUGGCAACAUCGAAACAACUAGGCCUAAUGAAGUUUAUGUUUAUCAUGAUGUGACUCAUGUAGGCUUAACGGACCUUCCUAGCAGAUUACCAACGCAAAGCUCGAAUUUAUAUGCCAACAAUAUUUCAAAGUUCUUGUUAUCAAUGGGCGAAAAGAACCACUUCGAUAUAAACUUGGACGAUGAAGUCGUACGGGGAAGCAUCAUAUUGCAAAACGGAAAUCUCAUGUGGCCUCCACCACCCCCUAAAGUAGUACCUAGUCCGGUUGUGCCGAAAACGCCUGCUGCAGAAAUAGCUGCUCAGAAAAAAGUGGACCCCUUCAGUGCGACAUUGAACAACUCCUUAAUGAUUACGGGCGGUGUCGGCUCCAUUUUGGGAUUCGGAAUGGUGUCACCGAACGCUGACUUCACGUCGAUGUUGACCGUACUGGGACUAUCAACUAUAGUGGGAUACCAUACAGUUUGGGGUGUUACGCCGGCUCUUCAUUCGCCGUUGAUGUCCGUAACGAAUGCCAUAUCAGGAAUUACAGCUGUAGGCGGUCUCUUGCUGAUGGGUGGAGCAUACUAUCCAACAAACUCAAUUGAAUCUUUGGCAGCAGCUGCAGCGUUCGUGUCAUUCAUAAACGUAUUUGGUGGCUUUCUGGUGACAAAAAGGAUGUUGGAUAUGUUUAAAAGACCCGAGGACCCUCCCGAACACAACUAUGUCUAUUCAGUACCAGCAUUGGCGUUCUUGGGAAUGUACGGAUGGGCCGCUCAUCAAGGACUGCCAGAGAUCAACCAAGCCUCAUAUUUAGCUGCUUCCUUGUGCUGUGUCGGCGCUCUGGGAGGUCUCAGCUCUCAGGCUACAGCUCGGAUGGGAAACAGUUUGGGAAUUGUGGGUGUAACUGGUGGCAUAGCAGCGACUGUCGGUUAUAUUUCUCCGUCACAUGAGGUGCUGGCCCAGAUGGCCGCUGCAGCGAUUGGCGGUGGAAUUAUUGGAACCGUCAUAGCGAAAAAAAUCGAAAUCACAGACCUGCCUCAGUUAGUAGCAGCGUUUCAUAGUUUGGUAGGAUUAGCGGCAGUACUCACAUGUAUGGCUACCUUUAUGCAUGAUUUUCCAUCGUUUGCGACCGAUCCUGCAAUGGGUGUUACUAAGACAGCUCUAUUCCUAGGUACCUACAUCGGUGGAGUCACAUUUAGCGGCUCACUAGUUGCAUACGGAAAACUUCAGGGAAUAAUGAGGUCGCAACCGCUGCUUCUACCAGGACGUCACGCUUUGAACUCAGCCCUGUUGUUAGCUAACCUAGGCGCAGGGGGAUAUCUGUUCUACGACAAUACCAUGGACGGCGGCUUGGCUGCACUGGGAACUACCGCAGCUCUUUCAUCUGUUAUGGGCUACACGCUCACAGCUGCUAUUGGAGGAGCUGACAUGCCUGUAGUUAUCACUGUACUGAACAGCUAUUCAGGCUGGGCAUUGUGUGCUGAAGGUUUUAUGUUAAACAACCAACUAAUGACAAUAGUUGGAGCGUUGAUAGGAUCGUCAGGUGCCAUCUUGUCAUACAUCAUGUGUAAGGCCAUGAACCGAUCUCUGCCGAACGUUAUCCUCGGUGGAUUUGGGACCUCAUCAACAGGAUCCGGGAAACCAAUGGAAAUUACUGGCACUCACACCGAAAUAUCUUUAGAUGGUACCGCUGAAGUGAUCAGGAAUGCCAAAAAUAUCAUCAUCGUGCCAGGAUAUGGCAUGUGCGUCGCUAAAGCACAAUACCCAGUUGCAGAGUUGGUUUCUAUAUUGAAGUCACAGGGCAAGCAUGUUAGGUUCGCCAUACAUCCUGUAGCAGGUCGGAUGCCGGGUCAACUAAACGUACUGCUGGCUGAAGCCGGUGUACCAUACGACGACGUAUUGGAGAUGGACGAGAUCAACGACGAUUUCCCAGAUACGGACCUCGUGUUGGUCAUAGGCGCCAAUGAUACCAUCAACAGUGCAGCCUUGGAAGAUCCAAACUCGCCCAUCGCCGGCAUGCCAGUACUUACCGUUUGGCAAGCGGAACACGUCAUUGUCAUGAAGAGGUCUUUGGGUGUUGGUUAUGCUGCUGUGGACAAUCCGGUCUUUUACAAACCGAACACGUCCAUGCUGUUAGGAGACGCGAAGAAAACGUGCGAUCAAUUACUAGCCAAGGUGGUAAACGCUUCUUAAAAAUAGGUUGUGAAAACUAAUUUGCUCAACAAAAAAACUAGAUCUCAUAUUGUUUGGGCUGCGGUGUGUCACCAUGCUCAGUAUUAUUUACGGUACGAUCCAGCAUCAUUUUUUGCAGUAUUUUUAAGAAGUAUUUAGGUUUUUGAAUGAAUCGUUGAGGAACAUAGGCGGCGAUCAACGACUUUACAUUUUUGUUUGCAGUUAAGAACCUCUCAAUAGUUAUUUAUUAAUACGUGCGACCACGUUGCAACUAGUUCAGCCAAUUUUUGACUGUCGCCGAAAACAAGAAUCGGAUUACCGACCGACAUUGCCCUUUUUUCGUUUUUAAAAGAUCCGCUUUCACACAAAAGUACUUACCGGACAGCCCUCGUAUAUCAGUCGAGUUUGAAACGCUAACGAUGAUGUCAGCUACGUCGGUCUGGUGCUGCUAGCGAUGCAAGUUUUUUACGUUAGCAGUAAAUUUAUGAUCAUACGUCAAGUAUUACACAAACGAUUGAUGACACAAGUCAUGUAACAUUUUUUUAAAAAUCGCUUUCCUAACUAACCUUAGGGUGGCACGACCCUUUUGUAGAUUUUUUUACAACUGUUUGCAGCAGUAGUCUAAAUCCUUUUCAUCUGAUAAUUUCAUGGUGUGACUAAAAAACAAUGUUUUCAUUUUUUUUUGUCACAAAAUGCAUUUAAUUUUGCAUUUUUUCUUCUAUCGGAACUUGUUAACAAAUAUAAGUACAGCUCUGAAAUUAUGUGUGAAUAUUCCUCCUUUAUCGAAUAAUAAUAAAACUUUUCCUUUUCUAAUCUCUGCUUUCCUUGAAAACUCAACUAGCUGCGAGACGAGGCUUCAAGAAAAUCAAAGAUUUUUCGAAAAUAAAAAGUAAUAAGAACAAAAAUAAUCACUCGUUGCAUUCUUCCAUAAAAGAGGAAUAUUCACACACAGUUUCAGAGCUGUACUUAUAUUUGUUAACAAGUUCCGAUUGAAGAAAGAAUGCACAAUAAAAUGCAUUUAAAAAAAAUGAAAAAAUUCGUUCGUCCACUUGUGUCUUCAAUUCAUUUUUUUUUAGCUAGAUACCUAAGCAAGUAUUUUAGGUUGCUUGAGAUAGUGGAAAGGGCAAGUAAAGUAACUGCAACAAAUUUUAAUUCGUAUUUCUUUUGUGUUUAGAUUAAGGAAGGAAAGAACGAUUGAGAGUGCAUACAGUAUUUUUGUAAUUUAUGUUUAACGUGGAGAAGAAUAGUCUGAUACUGUGUUGAUAUAAAUAAGAUAGGGCAAAAUAUUGUAACAGGAGGUGCUAAGUAUUUUUAUAAUGUAUGUAUAAUUCAAAGAGCCUCCCCUGAUUAUGAUAGCUACUGAAACGAUAUACCAUUUAUAUAUGAAAAAAAUUGUAUUAGGAAGUAACAUUACAUUAAAUAUAAAUCUAUACUUAUUUUUAACAUGUCUUUUUAAAUAUCAUAACAUCAACCAACGAGUACCUGGGAAAAACUAUGGCACAAUUGACUCUCUGUUUUUGCUUGCUUCGUAACACUGAAAAUAGUAAUUAGGUUAAAAGCCAAGGCCAUGGCAAAACGAAUGACAUAUUUACGUAAGAGCUUUCUUAUAGUUGACUAAAUGAGUGUAAUGUCGAUAGUAUAUGAGACUUUGGACGUUUUACACAGAAUUUCAUCGACAUUUUUAUUUGGGAUGUUACAGUGCAUUUUUUUCUUUAAAUCGUAUUACUGAUAGUAGAAAAAGAAAACGUAGAAUAGUUAUUAGAAUGUGAGAUGGUAUACAGGGUGAGUUCGAAGUUGAGUCAUUUAUUUUAACAGUGAGUAGAUCUGAU